CAUUCUUUUAUUUUGGCCUCUAUCCCCGACGUUUUUUCCGUCAUCUUCACAGACUUGCACUCGGCAACACAACGCUCAGAUCCGACCAGCACAUCACAUUGAAUUCGCAAUAUUACUGUUGCUCGUGUUUGCAAUCAUGAGGACUGCUGUUCUGUGCGGAUGUCUGCUGAGUCUUCUGUUGCUGAACAGCGGCAUAACAAGUGAGUCCACAUGCUCUCGUCACCCGGCCACCAUCUUCAAGCUCGCCAUCACGAGUUUCCGCAACAAGACAGGUCACUGGACGGCUCAGUUACAGCUGGAACACAAAGGGAACGAGGACGGUGAGGUGACCCGAGAAGUAGACUUCGACCAGACAGUCACUCCCCACUGCGACGGUACGGAAACCGUCUUCAUUGUGGCUACCAUCACAACAGCUCCUGAAGGCAUCGCCGUUUUAAAGCCAGAACGUCGGCGAACUGUACCACCAGGUUACAAAAGACUGUCGAACUCGAACUACUUCAAGGAGUACCCAGAAGCAACAAAAUGGAUUGAAGCACGUGACAUCUGUGAACGGGAAGGGGCCCAUCUUGCCAUUAUAAACUCUGAAGCCGAGGGAAAAUUCGUCUCGUCCCUCUGGACCAAUAAAUUAUUCCUUUGGGCCUUCAUUGGCACCCAUGACCUCUAUGAAGAGGGCAAUUUCGUCACGAUACACAACCAGACGCUUCAAGAAGCUGGCUACAACAGGUGGUCUCCAGGAGAACCUAAUGGAGGGAGUACAGAGAAUUGCGGUGUAAUUUUCCAGAACGGGCUCCUAGGAAACUACUUCUGUAGUCUUCCCCUGCCCUUCUUCUGUGAAUUCGAGCCUGAAGUAGUGUCGCGGUCAUUUUCUUUUCGAGACGAAGCAUAAUUAUUAAUAAUAACAAUUAAAGUGUUCCUUACUAAUCUACAGCAGCAAAGAUUUGGAAGUGUGUACUGAAUCCAUUGCUUGCCACUCACUAAGCUAUCUCGCAUUUCUAAUCUCUGUUCGAGAUGUUGGAUGUGAACAUCUUCUUUCUCCCUACAUGUAAUACUAACUAUUAUAUGCUUAACAGAAACAUAAAUUACGUCGACACAGAAAUAUAUACAUGUGUCCCAAAAAUAUGUAUCCAUUUUAUUAUAGUACGGAAUAUUAAAGAUCUUAAAUAAUGCAUCUCGGCA